CCUCCGUGAAGUAUCAGGCCUGCUAUCUUUGGGUAUAUAAAUAAGUGCGGGAGACUUUCAUCCGUGCAACGAAAUGUGAUUAUUUCAGAUGGAUCACUUUGGAUAAACAUGAUAGUACGUAACCUAAACUUGAUUUCAUUUGUGUUGAUUACAGAUGCUUCAGCAGACAGUGUGUUUGUGAAUGUAUCACAUAUCAUACAGAGUGAGGACUGGGAUUGUGGUUUAGCCUGUGUCAAGAUGAUCCUAAGCUAUAUUAAUCCAGCAGUUAAAGAUAAACAGGAAGAUUUCAAUGUCAUCUGUGAUAAGCUGAACUUUUCCAAAAGUGUUUGGACAAUCGACUUGGCCAAUAUUUUAGUUGAGUUCAACGUCAAGCAUCAAUUGUACACCAUCACAUUAGGAGUAGACCCAAGCUAUGAAGAUUUGGGAUUUUACCAUGAGUUUAUCACGGAAGAUUUCGUGACAGAGCAACACAGGAUCAACAAACUUUUCAAGAGUGCCUCCAGCCUCGGAAUCAAAGCUGACAAAGGACAGGUCACACACGAGGAGAUAGUGAACCAUCUAUCCAAUCAGAAUCCAGCAGUGGUUCUUAUUGAUGACACCGUCUUACAUUGUCAAGAAUGUUCAGCGGGGAGCGUAGAAGAACUGGGCUGUGGGUUUGAAUGUUUAACGCUGUUCAACAAGGACAAAGAACAGGGAUACAUAGGACAUUUUAUUGUGCUGUGUGGUUACGACAAGACGAAGCAACACUUUCUGUAUCGGAAUCCAGGAAUUGAAAGUGAGUUGUGUUCCUGCACCUUCAGUAAUCUUGAGGAGGCAAGGAGAUCACAUGGUACGGAUGAAGACAUUCUCUUUGUGUAUAAGUCAUAGCAUUAGUGAACAGAUCUAAGGCUGAAGAGUCCACUCACCCCUGGCAAAAUAAAUCCAGUUGUCACCCACCACAAAGGCAUAUCACUUGAGUGGGAUUCGAACCCACAACCUUAGCCAUUCUAGAGCAGGGCUCAAUUUCAUAGAGCUG